GGUAAAGAAUGACGUCAGGCGUAGUAAUACACGCUAAGAGCGCAUGGCGAGUGGAGCGUCUGCAGAGGCUGCGCGAAGUGGGAACUGCUUUCGAUUGUUGGCGGGCGCCGCCAUCUUGGUCAGUGAGCUUGCGAGUGGCUGUACGACGAGGUGUACGUAUUUCGGUGAAACGAGUAUUUGGUGCGAUUUCCCUGAAAUCUUUCGUCUACCCGUGAAAUCCACAAGCAUCCAAGAUGUCGGAACGGGAGGACAACGUUUAUAAAGCGAAAUUGGCUGAGCAAGCGGAGCGCUAUGACGAAAUGGUCGAGGCGAUGAAGAAGGUCGCCUCGCUGGAUGUGGAGUUAACCGUCGAAGAGAGGAAUCUUCUUUCUGUCGCUUACAAAAAUGUGAUUGGCGCGAGAAGGGCAUCCUGGAGAAUAAUCUCCAGCAUCGAACAAAAGGAGGAGAACAAAGGUGCCGAGCGGAAACUAGAGAUGAUCCGUCAGUACCGAUCUCAGGUUGAAAAAGAGCUGAAAGACAUCUGCGCCGAUAUCCUCGGAGUUUUAGACAAACAUUUGCUCCCAUGUGCAUCUACUGGCGAAUCGAAAGUCUUCUAUUAUAAAAUGAAGGGUGAUUAUCACCGUUACCUUGCUGAAUUCGCCGUUGGCAACGAUAGGAAGGAAGCCGCAGAGAAUUCUUUGGUCGCUUAUAAAGCAGCAAGUGACACCGCCAUGACGGAUCUACCACCAACUCAUCCCAUCCGCUUAGGAUUGGCACUCAACUUUUCCGUGUUCUAUUAUGAGAUUCUCAAUAGCCCUGAUAGAGCAUGUCGUCUUGCGAAGGCAGCCUUUGACGACGCGAUCGCGGAACUAGACACCUUAUCCGAGGAGAGUUACAAAGAUUCUACCCUCAUUAUGCAGCUUCUUAGGGACAAUCUUACUCUAUGGACGUCAGACAUGCAAGGAGACGGGGAGGGCGAACAAAAGGAGCAGUUGCCAGAUGUGGACGAUCAGGACGUAUCGUAACUCUAACUGUAGUGAGUGUUAUAUUGCGUAUAUAAAACUGAAAAAACACAAGAAAGCAAAAAACUCUUAAUAACUUGUAAGCAAACUUGUAAGAAAACAAUUCAGCAGGUGGCAGUUCGGGGUGGGAAGGGGAGAUCUUUAACGAUUGCGUGUUCUAAGCACGCACGUACGGUUAUUCCAAAAAAAAGAAAAUACAAAAAUGAAAAAAAAAAAAAAUAAUCAUUCGAAAUAAUACACACUAAAUUACGAAGCGCGCAGAAAAGUUAUAAAAUAAAAGGACAUACUCAUUACGCAGUUAAUAGAAAAGCUGCAAGAGCAUGUAGAGAGGCAUUAUUCUUUGCCUUCUUUGCGUAUCGAGAAGAAAAAAAAAAAAGAUGCUGUCUCUUUCAGUGUACGAUGUCGAGAAACGUUGAGUUGGCACCGACUGAUGCAGCGCGUAGUAUAUAUUCAAUCAUAGUAAUAAAACCAGAGAAACACGGAAUGAAAAUUUAAAAAAAAAAAAAAAAAAAAAAUAACGACGCUAAUCCAGUCGGAAUAAACUCUCAUUUUUGUUUGCUCCAGCGAGUGAGAACGAAUAGCAUUAUCCUCUCCGCAAUGUUUUAUCAAUAACGAAUUAAUGGCUCGACGUCGAUCGAAAUGCAUAUUGUGUUCGUUUGUUUUCACCCCACCCCCAAUCUCCUCCUCCUCGUCCUCUUCCCCGCUUUUUUACUGCGCGCAUCAUUAUUCUCGCAUACUAUGAUAAAUAACGAUAUUAUUAAUGUAUGCGUGUAAAUCGAGUGUAAAUCAUUCGUUUAUCUAAGGGAUAAACUCGUCUCCUCCAGAGCUGGAGUUACAUGGUUGAUCGACAACUGAUUAAACAGUUAAGAUAGAACCAUGCACCUUCAUCUCUGUUUUCUGUAUAAGAUAUUAUGAAUGUACUUCCGACGAAGUCCCAGUUUGCAAAGCAAGUAAUUUCAUACAUCAUAUACAUAGAUCUUGAGCAUAGGUUCUCUCGUAUAGUUACUUGUAAACUAUUCAAGAACAUGUGCUUACCGCGAAAGCGAUGUAACUUAAAAAAAAAAAAAAAAAUGCAAUAACAUCUUGUCUUAUGUUAAGUCUGGCUUUCGCAGUAUCAAAUUUUAUGUUAAGUCGAAAACAAAUUCUUUUAAUUUUGUGAGUAAGAGAAAAUAUAUAUUCGCUAUUCUCGUCGUAAUAGAUAUUCUUUCAUAUUACCAAUCAGUUGUGUCCCUCUGUGACGAAAGAGUAAUCUGAUCUUCGAAAGAAGGCUGAAAAAAAAAUCAUGGUUGAUAAGCAUUUUUAAUACGAAAAAGAUAAAAAAGGGAAGAGAAAUUAUGUUUCGCAGACAGAAAAUAGCAGGAAACAAGUAACUACCUAGCUAGUCUGUAAUUGUGGUUGUACUUUUUCAUACGCCUCUUCUGUAAACUAUAACGAUCGCUGUGGUAUAACAAAUUACAGAAUAAACAAUUGUAUCCCGACUCGUUCUUCACCCGCGCUCACUUUCGCUAUUAUCACUGUCCUCGAUUCCACUAUAUCUUAGUUGAUCUUAGCCAUACGUCCAUUCACCUUUUUAUCGAUGAACCGUUCCGUCGAUUUUAGCUUACGAAAAGAAAAAAAAAAAAAAAGAAAAAGAAAAAGAAAAAAAAAAGAAAGAAAAAUAAACGGGAAACAUUCCAAUAAAAAACGCCAAGAGAGGCUUCGUUUAUUAAUCUAAUCCGUGAAAUUUGCGCAUUUUGAAUAAAAUAGUUUAGUAAUACAAUAGAAUUAUUUGUUUAUCGAGAUAAAUAUUAUUGGUUGAAAAUUUGUGCGAUAUAAACAAAUUUUUAAACAAAAAGAUCUUUAAGUGCAAUGUUUCUGUAUUCAAGAAUAGGAUAUUAAUAUUUUGCUUGAUGAUUAAAAAUGCAAAGGAAUUAUAUAUACUGCAUAUUUCAAUCAUAACAUUAAGUUUCUGCUUUUCACUGUGUUACAUAUUUCAAAACCAUGCAAUUUUUUUUUCGCGAUUAAAAAA